AUGGAUCGAGUUCAGAACUGUGUGACCUUUGGGGAUGUGUUUGUCGACUUCUCCUGGGAGGAGUGGGAAAUGCUUGACGAGAUGCAGAGGCUGCUCUACCUCAGUGUGAUGCUGGAGAACUUUUUACUUGUGGCCACACUUGGUUGGUGUGAAGCAAAUAGCAAGGAGGCUCCUUGUAAGGAGAGCAUCUCUGCAGAAGUAGUGCCACAGGCCGGGAUUGCUGAAUCAAGUGUCUCGAUGGGAACAGCUCACUCCUGUGAGAGGUAUGGCCCACUCCUGAGGAGCAUUCUGCAACUCGUUGAAUACCAUAGCUCAUGCCCUAAGCAGGACCUGCAUAGAUGUGGGCUCAAUGGGCUAGGAUUCUUACUCGCUGCAAAACAUUCCCAGUACCAGAAGCAACAUUGUGGCAAGAAUGCCAUUGGAUGGGGUGACAGAGAAGCCUCAGGCGGGAAGAGCGCAGCUCACAUGGCUGAGACACCAUAUGCAUGCAGGGGUGGCAAGAUGGGCUGGCUGACCAGUACCAGUCUCCUUCAGCAAGAGACACAGUGCUCAGUGCCCAAUCCACACAAAAACACUGAGUGCCUGGAGCCUCUCACGCAGAGCUCCAGUCUUGGGAAACGCCAAGGAGACAGUGAUGGGAAGACUUUCCAAAACAGUGACAAUGGGAGACCCUCCCUGCACACCUUUACUUCUCUUGACAAUCACAUACCUCUUAUUGAGGGGAAACCCUCUGGAUGUCUGCCAGUUGGAAACGUGUUCAAGGAGAUGCCAACUCUCCUGAAUCACAGAAACGCCCAAAGUAGAGAGACACCUUAUGUGUGUAAUGAGUGUGGCAAGACCUUUAUUCACCUGUCACAUCUAAAAAUGCACCAGAAAAUGCACAGUACGAAAAACCAUUACACGUGUAAUGAAUGUGGGAAGCUUUUCCUCCGUAAAGACACAUUUGUUCAGCACCAGAGAGUGCACACAGGGGAAAAACCUUUUAAGUGCAGUGAUUGCGACAAAGCCUUCAGUCGCAAAGACAUACUUGUCCAACAUCAAAGAUUUCACACAGGAGAAAAACCUUACAAGUGUAGUGAAUGUGGGAAAUUCUUUAGUCAAAGUUCCCACCUUGUUGAGCACUGGAGAAUUCAUACAGGAACAAGGCCUUAUGAAUGUCCUGAGUGUGGAAGAUUCUUUAGCCACACAUCCAGCCUUCUUAAACAUCAGCGGGUCCAUACUGGAACAAAGUCCCAUGUCUGCAGCAAGUGUGGGAAAGAAUUUAGCUGCAGAGACACGCUUGUUCAGCACCAGAUAGUCCAUACUGGUGUAAAGCCCUAUGAGUGUAGUCAGUGUGGGAAAUCCUUUAGCCAGAAACAAAUGCUUGUAAGGCACCAGAAAAUCCACACUGGAGAAAGGCCUUAUCAAUGUGCUGAGUGUGGGAAAACCUUCAGACAUAGCUCCAACCUCAUUGUACAUCAGAGAAUUCAUACUGGAGCCAAACCUUAUGAAUGCAAUGAAUGUGGGAAAUGCUUUAGUCACAACUCUAGCCUCAUCCUGCAUCAAAGAGUUCAUAGUGGGGCUAGGCCUUACGUGUGUAACGAAUGUGGGAAAGCCUACAUCAGUAGCGCCAACCUUGUUCAGCACAAGAAAGUUCACACUGGAGCAAGGCCUUAUGCGUGCAAUGAGUGUGGGAGGUCCUUCAGCCGCAAUUCUAACCUCAUCCUUCAUCAUAGAGUUCACACUGGAGAAAAGCCUUUUAUCUGCACUGAGUGUGGAAAAGCCUAUACCAGAAGUUCUCAUCUUCUACAGCAUCAGAAAGUGCAUGUGGAAGAUGAAAAGCCUCGUGUGCGCAAGAGCUUUGGGGACCCUUUAACUGUAGCUGUUAAACUUGUUUAG